CACCCCCGAUCGCUACACGAAACCUUAAAAUGAAUUCCUCUCUUGCAGUUUUUAUUUGAUACCUGAAUUCGUCUUGAUCAAUGCCUUGAUCAAUGCCUACGAGUAAAUAUUGUUUUCUGCCAGUUACCGAGCGACCCCUUUAGUGAAAAAGCGACUUGAUCACCAAAGGUCAAACGUGUGCUAGCUAUGACACGGUCAAUAAACACGAUGUUGGUUUCACUGGUCACUAGCACCGACCGUUGACCUUUACUUCUUUGAUUUUCGGCAGAAAGGUGAUUUCUGGCAGCAUUCGUCAACAUUUCAUCUUGAGGAACACUGUUUCCGAAUAAAUUUAUCUUUUCUAUCUACAAAAAGAAGAAUGAUGGUUGAUGUAGCUGCUAAUACAUUUCUGUCUCAGCUGUGUCACACAAGGAAUCACUGGAGGCCUAAUAAUUACGAUCGCGAAGCAAGCAAUCCAAGGGGAAGUCUCUGCGUGGAGGUCGGGAUGGAGGAAGCUGUACAGAUUCUGGUCUCAAACAGUAAUCGGUUCGCUGCCGACUUAGGUUUAAGGCCAACAGCAGACCAAAAAGUUUUAAAAAAGCCAUCUGAAUCUACACCAGAGCCUAGCGCCCUUCCUAUGUGUGAAAUAUGCGGGGACAAAUCGACGGGCAGACACUACAAAGUAUUUUCUUGCGAAGGUUGCAAGAACUUUUUCCGGCGAACUGUUCGAAGGGGUUGCAAGUACAAAUGUCCGGCAUAUGGUCAAUGCGAUGUUGAUAAAAACCAAAGGACGCGAUGCAGAGCUUGUCGAAUGAAGAAAUGCAUUAAAGUUGGCAUGAAAAGAGAAGCUGUUCAGUGUGAGAGAAAGCCGCUUGUAUUAACCAACGGAGAUUUUAAACGAGACGCCAACGGAGAUUUUAAGCGAGAUGAAUACAGCAAUGGCGACAGCGGGGAUGAAGGUUCUGUUUCAGAAAGCACUUCUCAAUCAGAGGAAAGGAAACUUACUCCGGAUUCUGUCAAAGAAGCGAUAGGGCACAGUCGUGGUACAGAAAAUGGUACCAGCGAAAAUGAUGAUUCGCAAAAGAACCACGAAGCAGGCCCAAUUCGUCCCCAGGUGACACAUGCUUUUGAGGCAUACAACAGAGGAUACGUGGCUGAUAGUAUUCUUGCAGGGGUUUUCCCCUUUGCUGUUGACCCCCCAAGCAUUGCAGUUACUGAACCCGGGUAUCUAUACGAGCUAUCAACCAGGAUGCUGUUUGCAAGUGUUGACUGGGUCAAAGGCCUUACCUGCUUCAGCCGCCUCUGUGAAGAAGAUAAAAUUCGCCUGCUGGUAGAAAAGUGGUACCUACUUUUCGCCUUGGGACUUUUGCAGUGUUCACAUAUGUUCCCUGUGUGCACCUUGCUUACGAUGGCUGGAACGGAGUUGAGUAGAUCACGGUCUGCCAGCUCUCCUUCGCUGCGGUGGCAGACAUUCUUGAAGAUAAAAGGAGUAAUAAUGAAUGGUGGAAUGCUUGGAAGAGUUUCCAAAGAAAUUCAUGAAUAUAUGAAGAUUGUAACGCUUUUUGAUCAAGGCGUGCCCGGAUUGAUAGAAGUUGAAACAAUCUACGAAACAAGGAAAGGUGCCCAAAUUGCAUUAGAAGCGGCGUUGGCAGAUUCUGCGUAUAAUGAGAGGGACAUCAGUCUGCGAGAGAAGAUUGUCUAUGCCUUGGAAAGCAUCAACAAGAUCAACAAAGAGGAGAUUAGAGAGGCAUUUUUCGCACUCCUACUCAAAGAAACAUCCGUAGAAUUCAUCUUAAGAAGUCUAUUGCGAGAAUAAGUCGGGGAAAAGUGGCGUAAUAUGUUACAGCUGACAAUCGUGUAACGAGCAGCAAACUUUAGAAGACUUCGCAGCUGCCGUUUAGGGAAAGGUCAAGAGAGCAUUGUCUAAAGGAAGAUCCUUUUGUCAGUCUAGAACUAUGAGCAAAUCACUUGCUACUCGUAGGGCUAGACAUUUAGUUAUGGAACUACUCGCUAACCACUAGUCUUAGGAUUAUACGUUUAAUUUGAGGAUCAGGUAGCCCUUCCCUUUUUCAUUUCUUUUCCAUUUCAAUUUCAUCAACAUUUUAUUUUAAUUUUAUGAUUAAUUUUAUAUUUUGAAAGUUUUGCUCUUGUUCCACGACAGAUUUUUAACUCGCUGACUUUAAAUAAAUCGCUUUGUAAAAUUUCCUCCCAGAGACCAAGAUAUCUUUGUUAUGAUGUAAAGAUAAAAUUAGUUUUUUAAAUGUUUUGAUGUGUUAUCGAAAAUCGUGUAGGUAGCCUCUGCUUGGUGCUAUUGUGCUUAAGCCAUUAAAUGGCAAUACCUUUACUGUAGAGAAAGUGACUAGGUCAACACUUCCUUGCUGUGAAUAGCAUACUUCAGGUAUUGGUGGCAACUAUCGAUGAAAAACAGAACGUUUGGGGGGAAGGGGAGGGGGAGGGGGGAGUUGGAUUAUGAGCAAGUGUCGACAAAUAUUGAAUAUGCCUGCAAUCUUUAAACAAUGUAGGAAAAUGUUCCGAUAGCAAAUUUAACCAAACAGCUUCAGAGUCGGCAAGUCCUUCAGCUGUUGUUUCUGUGUACUGAACGGUCGAGGGUCCUUUGGGCCUAACCCCCCCCCCCCCCCCAAUUAUGCUUGACAAAUGCAACACAGUAAAAUGACAUCCACAACGAGAUGAUGGCAAUUAACAAGCUUAAAGUUUCCCUAAAACGUUGCUUUAAAUAUGCUUAUGUUCGCUUAAAUUCGUGAAUUGAAGUAAGUCGGUCUCACUAACCGUGACCAUAAAUUGUGAACAAUGAAGCUUUGAAGCCAAGAUGCCAUUUCAAUUUCUGCGACGAUCUCGACAUCACCAUCCGAUGUUAAGGCUCACGUGUAUAAAUUGUAAUAUUACAAUAUGUGUCGAGGAAAUGUAUGACAGUAUGAUAUCAUAACGUGCCAAUAGUUUUGAAGUGGCUAAUUAAAAUGUAUGUUGUAUAAUACCGUAAUGUACGUAAAUAUUAUUUGGCACACAGUGCACAAGACUUAACUCUGAGUAUAAGCCUGAAUUAGAUUGGUACACAGUUUCUCUGUUUUAACAUAAAACCCUACAAACGUAAACAAUUCCCAAAUAACAAGGUAUCCUUGAUACCCUGUACUCCGGUCCCCUUCGUUGCUCAGUUCUUAGCGAUUCAGUCACCAAAGCGCAAUAUAGGCUCAUGCCACCAGCGUAAUGCCUUCUCAAAACAGUAGAAUACCGUUUAAUAUCAUAAAAUAUAUCAAGUUUGUAUAAAUACAAACCUCUCUCUAUGUCCGUAAUGCCAAAAUAUUUCAUGUCAUUGCUUGUCGACCCCUCAAUAGAAAGCUGUGUACCAAAAUAUAGACCAUUUUUAUCUCUUUGUUGAAUUAAAAGUGUUCUGCAAUGGACUCUGUAUUGUUAAUAACCAUGAAACAUAUAUCCAAUCAACAUCACUUUGCAUCGCUUUCUCAUAAAUCUUGCUGAGAUCCAAAUAAAGUUUCCUUACCAAACGCAUCGAAGCGAACGCUCUAGAUUUCAACCGCAGCAGACCGAAAAUUCCCAAGAGAAAUCCAGGGUAUUGUGAAACGCACGAGACGCAUGAAUUCAUCUUUUUAUUUUUCCCUUUCAUCUUAUUGUUUUACGGACAGAACAGAAACAUUUUUUAAUUAACAAGGGAAAUCUUGAUUGAUUAUAGAAGGGAUGUGAUGACAUAAAAAGCUUCUUUCUCUCUAUCGAAUGUAUUGAUUUUGAGUUACAUAAUAACAAAAAACUGAUGUCGAGACGAUGACUGCUGCUCAGCCCAUAAAAUUUCGUUGAUAUUAUUUUAACAAAAUUCGUGGAUAUUAUUUAUUAGUCUUUAACUACUGACUGCGUUUCGAAGUACAGUAUUCAUAUCAAAAUAGAUGAAUUUCUUGAAUAAAAUCGAGAAAUAUUUAUUGUUAAGAUGAAGACACAAGCUGACCUGAUGUAAGCAAAAGACUUUGACGACAUUCCUCUUGGUCCCUCAAGCUGUGCGUUACAUAGAUAUGACUUACAGGCAGUGGCGGAGUUGUAGUGCUGGGGGCAAAGGGGGCCCAACCCCCGUUGGGUAUGGUAAAAAUAGCCCAUUUCUACUUUUUGCCUUACAUAGAUAUGACUUACAGGCAGUGGCGGAGUUGUAGUGCUGGGGGCAAAGGGGGCCCAACCCCCGUUGGGUAUGGUAAAAAUAGCCCAUUUCUACUUUUUGCCUUACAUAGAUAUGACUUACAGGCAGUGGCGGAGUUGUAGUGCUGGGGGCAAAGGGGGCCCAACCCCCGUUGGGUAUGGUA